GCGGCGGCGGGGCCGGGAGAGGCUGGCGCGCCGGGCGCCCCGAAUCCUCCGGCAUCCGCCCCGGCGGGCCGCCCCCGCCCGCGGCAGCCCCCGGCGCAGCGGCCCGGCAGCGGCGCCUUCCCGGCGGGCAAACGUGAAUCAUGGAGCUGCGUGUGGGGAACAAGUACCGCCUGGGACGGAAGAUCGGGAGUGGCUCCUUCGGAGAUAUCUACCUGGGUGCCAACAUCGCCUCUGGGGAAGAAGUUGCCAUCAAACUUGAGUGUGUGAAAACGAAGCACCCCCAGCUUCACAUCGAGAGCAAGUUCUACAAGAUGAUGCAAGGGGGAGUGGGAAUCCCGUCCAUCAAGUGGUGUGGCGCCGAGGGCGACUAUAAUGUCAUGGUCAUGGAGCUGUUGGGGCCCAGCCUCGAGGACCUCUUCAACUUCUGCUCCCGCAAGUUCAGCCUCAAGACGGUGCUGCUCCUGGCCGACCAGAUGAUCAGCCGCAUUGAGUACAUCCACUCGAAGAACUUCAUCCACCGGGAUGUCAAGCCCGACAACUUCCUCAUGGGGCUGGGGAAGAAGGGCAACCUGGUCUACAUCAUCGACUUUGGCCUGGCCAAGAAGUACCGGGAUGCCCGCACACACCAGCACAUCCCCUACCGGGAAAACAAGAAUUUGACUGGCACUGCCCGCUAUGCCUCCAUCAACACCCACCUGGGCAUCGAGCAAAGCCGACGAGAUGACCUGGAGAGCCUGGGCUAUGUGCUCAUGUACUUCAACCUGGGCUCCCUGCCCUGGCAGGGCCUCAAGGCCGCCACCAAGCGCCAGAAGUACGAGCGAAUCAGCGAGAAGAAGAUGUCGACACCCAUCGAGGUCCUCUGCAAAGGCUACCCCUCUGAGUUCUCCACAUACCUCAACUUCUGCCGCUCCCUGCGGUUUGACGACAAGCCUGACUACUCCUACCUGCGCCAGCUCUUCCGCAACCUCUUCCACCGGCAGGGCUUCUCCUAUGACUACGUCUUCGACUGGAACAUGCUCAAAUUCGGUGCAGCCCGGAACCCCGAGGACGUGGACCGGGAGCGGCGAGAACACGAGCGCGAGGAGAGGAUGGGGCAGCUCCGGGGGUCUGCCACCCGGGCCCUGCCCCCUGGCCCGCCCACAGGGGCCACUGCCAACCGGCUCCGCAGUGCCGCCGAGCCCGUGGCUUCCACUCCAGCCUCCCGCAUCCAGCAAGCUGGCAAUACUUCUCCCAGAGCGAUCUCACGGGUCGACAGAGAGAGGAAGGUGAGCAUGAGGCUACACAGGGGCGCGCCCGCCAACGUCUCGUCCUCCGACCUCACUGGGCGGCAAGAGGUCUCCCGGAUCUCAGCCUCACAGACAAGCGUGCCAUUUGACCAUCUCGGGAAGUGAGGAGGACCUGCCGUCGAACCAGUAUUUGCUUAGUGUCUUCACUGUAUUUUCUUUAAAAAAAAAAAAAACCAACACAAUGAUGGGGGGAACCACUCAAGAAAUCAAAAAGGAAAGAAAAACCCAGCACAAGACCCACAAUGGAUUUUGUUUCGUUGAUGUUUUUUUGGCCAACGGCAAGAUGAUGGCGUGCCCAGAGCACGGAGGACUCUGGUCCCUUUGCUUCUCCCGCUGCCCGUGACCGUCAGGCUGCCAGACUCGGACAGGACACUGGGCCCUCCGCCCCACGCCGCCCGUCUCCGGCCUGGAGCUGAGAUGCCGUCGGAGGCGGCCGGAGCCGGACACUGGACGUGUGGUGGGUCGGAGCCUCAGCCCCGCCCCGCCUGCCCCGGACGGCAGAGGCCAACUUUCUGUGUUGGGCUUUUUCCAGUGUCCCCUGAGUGUCUGGGUCCCUUUGCCUCUCAACAGAGACCUUGAGUGUUUGGUGAGGUGGCGGGGGCUGAGGUGCCUCGUGUGUGUGUGUGUGUGUCUGACCUGUAUCUCCUGGGACAGCAGGUGCCCGCCCCGCCCGCCAGGCCCAGUUUCUGUUCUCAUCCCCCUACCAAGGACACAGGCGGAAGUGACCUCCGUGUCCCUCCAGAAGGGCACCGCCAACCCCUGAGACUGUCACCCGCCUGUGGCAGCCCCACCCCCCUUUCCUGGUCUUAGGGCAGAAUCCGCGGAGACUACUUCCAGCAACAUCUGGCUCCUGGGUCAUAAAUUAACUCCUUGGUCCUGACAGUCACCUGGGGUUCCCUCACCGGGGCCAGGCCUCUCUGAGGAGGAGCCGGGGUUGGCUGGGCGCGGGAUGUACCCAUCCCUCCUAGUUAACACCUGCUUUUACUUUUGUUUGUUCCCUCCGUGUGUGUAUUUCCUAAUUUAUUUACCCCUGUUUCCCUUUUUCCGUUUUCUUUUUUUUUUUAAUUAAAGAGCAAAGCUUUUUAUUACUUUGUAAUUUAAAAAAACUGAAAAAAAAAAUACUGAAGAACUUUGGGGGGAAUUUUGUACUUUUUUCCUGUGUAAAUAUUGGACUUUUUUGAGCUUUAUUGUGGUUGUUAAUUUGAAGUAAUAAAGUAGGAAAGGAUAAAGUGACGUGGGCAGCUCUGGUACCUUUGUGCUCUAGGGGUUUUUCCCUAGCAGACCUGGCAAGGGGUAGGGCUGGGGAGACUUGGGGACUCUUUAAAAGCAGGACUUCACAGUCACGGCCAUUGCACCCAGUUUAAUUGCAGGUGCUGACUGGGGGUGCCUGAGCGUCUGUGCCCUGAUAAGUGCCAGCUGAUGCCCAAAGCCAGGACCACACUGAAUACCAAGGUCCAAAAUGCCUUACACUAUACUGUUUCGUCCACUCAAGAAUUCUGUUAGGUCCCAUCAGAUCAUUGCUGUCACACGGGGACAGGGUCCAGAGGGCAAACAACGUGCCCAGUCACGGCAAACCAGGACCUGGACCAGGUCAUGGUCAUCCCCAGCAUCAGUGCUGCUGGGCACCACCCCACCAAGGAGCCCUGCAGGUGAGGGCCCGCGUGGGCCUGAGAGGUCCCUUUAGUCAGCUGGGUAAAGGGGCAGCCUCGUCCUGCCGUCUCUGGCCUGGGGAUGGUUUGUGGUCAGUCUGCCGUUACUUCCCUACUUCUCAUCAACUCAAGACCCACCUUUGCCACAGUCUCAACCCCCAGAAAAGGGCAAAGCCACCUGACCCCGUGGGUCAGCCUAGGGGUGGUGGUGGAGGGCUUUGAGUUUCGGGGGGUAUCUGGAAGUCUUGGACAUGGCUCAAAACCCCAUAAGGUCUCUUAUGGUGCUGCCACUUGAAAGUCCAGUGACCCCCACAACUGGAUUUAGGAAAGGUGGUUCUUCAAACCACCAGAGAAAUGCCAGUGGCUGAGAGUAGAGGCAUCCCUCAGUGCCAUGUGACAGUGGAGUUGGUGCCCCGUGAACUGACCCAAGAAAUUCCACUUCAUUUGCCCAUUCUCAUCAGUACCCCUCGCUGCCCUCCCCUCAAUACCGUCGGGCACCUCUGAUGUCACACACUAGUCAAAUUACCAACCUUGGGCCCUGGGGCAAAACAAAGGAGCUAAUCUUUUAAUUUCAUAUAUUUUUAGUAAAAAAUGCUUCUAAUACUACUAUGCUUAUUUGUUGUAUCCUGUAAGUUUCAAAGUGCCAAUUUUAUUAUCACUACUAAACAUCCUAUGAAGUGAAUCUUUUUACAGCUUUAAAAUUUUGUCCUGGGCCUCCCUGCUGGUGCAAGAGGUUAAGUCUCAGCACUGUGAAGCUACUCACAGCCACUGCAGCACAAGAGUUCGAUCCCCAACCAGGGAGUUACGCACAUGGCGCAGCAGACCUCUCCUGACUCGCCCCCUGCUCCCCUCAGCCGUGUACUUCAGUCAAUCUGCCUGUUCUGUUCCCCACUCUGUCUCUGGUGAAUCCUUUGACCCCCUGCUCCUCUGGCCUGCUCCCCAGUUCUUCU